ACCUCGACCUCAACCCACCGCCAAACUAACCACAGCACCAGCUCCUAGCAAGAUGUCGAGUACCUUCGAGCCAGUAGUCGUCAUCGACGGAAAGGGCCACCUUCUCGGUCGCCUGGCCUCCACGGUCGCCAAGCAGCUGCUCAACGGCCAGAAGAUCGUCGUUGUGCGAUGCGAGGCCCUGAACAUCUCCGGCGAGUUCUUCCGCGCGAAGCUAAAGUACCAGGCGUUCAUGCGCAAGCAGACCCGGUACAACCCCACUCGUGGUGGUCCCUUCCACUUGCGCGCUCCGUCCAAGAUGUUCUGGCGCACCGUUCGUGGUAUGAUCCCUCACAAGACUGCCCGCGGUAACGCCGCUAUGGAGCGUCUCAAGACCUUCGAGGGUAUCCCUCCUCCCUAUGACAAGAAGAAGCGCGUCGUCGUUCCCCAGGCUCUCCGUGUCCUGAGGUUGAAGCCCGGCCGCAAGUACUGCACUGUCGGUCGUCUUGGUCACGAGUUCGGCUGGAAGUACCAGGACGUUGUCUCCCGUCUUGAGGAGCGCAGGAAAGUCAAGGGCUCCGCUUACUACGAGCGCAAGAAGGCUGCCCGCAGGCAGUUGGCUGAGGCCCAGAAGACCGCCAACGUUGACGGCAAGACCAAGGAGCAGCUCACCGCCCUCGGCUACUAGAUGUCGACGAUUCAUGAUACAUGUCGGUGUCGGUGAAGUCGUUUGGCGUGGCAUGCAAUGGGCCCACGGGUCCUUUUCAUCCUGUUUACUUCGACCGAUCGAAAUGGUGUCUAGGCUAAAAGAGCAUACCGAUACCAGGAUGCACACGUGUUUAUGGGUUUCUUCAACGUCGGUCAGCGCUGUCUUCAGGUACUUCUCUUCCGGUUAGAAGAAAAUACGAAUUGAAAAACCCAGGGCUUACCACAGCAUAUGAUGGAGUUCUGCUGCAAAUAUAUCCCAAUUUCCCGUUCAUUUGUGUCUCUCGUCUCAUAAUUUGUAUGCGCCCUGA